UGCUACACACUUGUGAUAUUUUCCAUCGAGGAGGAGAAGGAGGUCACUUUCUGGACGGAACCAAAGGCUCUGCUCGUUUCGUUCUUUGAUUAUGAGACAGGACUGCCGGAAGUUGAAAACAGCUGUUCCUGCACUGUGAAGCGGAACUUUGAGGUGCUGGUUCCUCUCACUGUCAUAUAUUUGGGUGUGUGGAGUCCGUGUAGCGCUGCACGAGUUAAACCAUUUAAAGAAAAAAAAAUAAGAAAAGAAAACGUAUAAAGAAACGACAGCGUGUUUGCGGUGAGCUGGGCUUCCGGACCCGGAAGGCGCUGAAAACUUCCUGAUACAAAGAAGCAGCAGAACAGAAGGAUGAACCUACUACACAGACGGGUGAUCCAUCUACUCAAAGCACAGAGGUGGAAGAUGGGAAUGCAGGUUGCUCUCUGCCCAGCCACUGGUUGUUACUACAGGAUCUUUUGCUCUUCCAGCCCUUCAGAACCAGAUCCCAUAGAGAUCCACAAGAGGAAGCUUUUCCUGUGGUUUAGCCACCUUCCGCAGGAGGAAAAACAGUUUGGAGGUUUCUUCAGCCCUGAGACCAUGCAUGUGGACCCAUUGAUCCUGGAAAGAGAUGCACAAGAGAGGGCUGGACUGCUGAGCUCCCCUUUCCAAACACAAACACACUGCCGUCCCUCAUUGACCGUAGAACAGCUAUUUAAGCACACUGAUACCUGGAGGGAUGGCCUGGGGCUCAAUGUUCUGCUGUAUGGUGCUGUGGGAACAGGGAAAAGUACAGUGGUCCAAAAGCUGGUGCUAGAUUGGUGCACUGGGACCCCUCUGAGCCACUUUAAGCUGCUGAUUCCUUUCUCCUGUGAGGACCUCAGCCAGCUGUCAAAGGUGACUUCCCUAAGAGACAUGGUGAGCCGGAAGUACCUACACCUGAAAAAACACCCCCUGCUUACUGGGGAGGGAAACCAGGCCAAGGAUGUGCUCUUCAUUUUCAACGGGAUGGAAAAGAUGCAGCUGGAUUUCCGAAUUGGAGCUUCAGAGCUUUGCAGUGAUCCAAAUGAGGCACUGCAUCCCAGUGUAGUUGUGGUAAACCUGCUGAGAAAAUAUCUGUUGCCUGAGGCCAGCAUCUUGGUUACCACUAGACUGUCUGCUUUGGACUGUAUCCCUCAUAAGUAUGUCAGUCGCUAUGCACAGAUUUGUGGCUUUAAUGACCCAGAACGCCAGCGGGCGUACUUCACCAGCCGCCUUCUACAGCAGAGUGAUUCUCCACAUAACGAAGAGGCCCAGGCUCUUGUAGAACUGCUUUACCUCAACCUCCAGAGAGAGAGCCAGCUCGCUGCUGCAUGCUUCCUCCCAUCCUACUGCUGGCUCACAUGCGCAAUCUUACACUUCCUACAUUUCACCAAUGUCAAGGCCCCCAUCCGCACGCUAACUGGCAUAUACACCAGUUUCCUCAGGCUCAACUUUGGGGGUGAAGUGCUGGGUUCAGGAGCAGGGGCAAAUACGCCCAUUCAGGAACACCACAGUUCUCUGAUGUUAUAUGUUGUCCGUACAGUUGGUAAGCUUGCGUUUGAAGGCGUAAAAUACAAACGCACAUCCUUCUCAGAAGCAGACCUAGAGCAGUGGAUAGGAGGGAAGACCAAGACGGAUGAGGAGCUGCGUCAGCUGGCCAUGUUCCGCACUGAUGUGCUAGACUUCUUCUUGGCUCCCUGCGUAGAAAGUAGUAAAUAUAUACCACAAGAAUUACAGGAGAACAAUGAGAGGCAGUAUGUGUUUGCUGUCCCAGCCAUGCAAGAAUACCUGGCGGCACUCUAUGUAGUUCUAGGAGAGAACAAAUCAGCUCUGGAGAAGCUCACCAGUCAAGUGUCUAUAGCCAUUGGUCAGGCAAGCGAGGAUGUCAAUGCACUUAUUAAUAUCUUUUCUAAGUUCAUUCCCCUCCGAAUCUUUGCGGUAUUCAAUCUUCUUAAACUUUUCCCAAAGCUGUAUGAGAAAAUCAGCAGUCGCACCAAAGGCAGCAUUGCCAAAACCAUGGCAGCUGAAAUGUUCCGCACUGAGGAUAGCUACAACGAGGAUGUCCUUGACCAGGUGGAGCAAAGCCUUCUAGGAGUCCAUGGCCCUCAGCCACAGCAAUACAGUGAACGCAAGCCUUUUGAGUUGUACCCUAUCUUCAUGGGUGGGCUAUUGCAAUAUGGUAACCGUGUGCUUCUCCAACAACUUGGCUGCAGCAUUCAAAGCGCCACUGUGGCCCAGAUCACAAGUGCCAUUAGGAAAUACCUUGUUAGAGAGCUUAACAAGCCACAGCCUCCAGAGGAGCUGAUGGAUCUGUUGGUCCUGCUAUAUGAGUUCCAGAACCCCAGACUUACUGCAGAGGUUCUAGCUUCAGUCAGAGCUAUCUGCCUCACCAGCAUUCGUAUGACAUCACUUAAAUGUUUCAUACUGAGUUCUGUGCUUUCAUGCACCCCUGCAAGUUACUACCUUGAAAAGCUGGACCUAUCCUCCUGUCUCCUGACUAAUGACAUGCUUCAGAUGCUGUGGCCUGCCUUCAGACAUGUACGCAACCUCAAUUUGCAGUUUAACAGCCUCGGUCCCGAGUCCUGCAUCUUGCUGAGAGAUGUCCUACUAGACCCCAAGAGUGUUAUUAGAUCUCUAAAACUGUGCGACAACCCUCUGUUGGAGUCUGGAGCCCACAUCCUGCUGGAGUCCCUGCCAAAGAACCAGUCCUUGACAUACCUGUCCCUGAUGCACACUGGGCUGGGAGAUGAGGGUGCCCUGGAUCUGGCUAAGAGGCUCCAACAGCACAAAAUGCUCCAGGAGCUCAAUGUAGCUUAUAACAACAUUGGAGACGAUGCUGCUCUAAUUCUGGUAGAUGCCUGCAGAGAACAUCCCAGCAUUCACACUGUGCACUUAUAUUUGAACCCUCUCAGUGAUGUGGGGAAGCAGUCCCUGUAUGUCCGAGGAGUUCCCAGGAGCCACAAUGGCCAGCGGGUCAAAGUCCUGGCUUCUGUCACUGAAGGGGCCGAUAUCUCUGAGAACUGGCACCCCAUUCUCAGCGUGAUACGAGAAAACGCCUCAUCCUGGGACCACCAACGUGUCAAACAGCAACUUAAGGUCUUUCUCAAGGACCUGGAGUGGGGGCGUCAGCAGCAGCAGAGCCUCUGGAAGAGGCUGCAUUUCCGCAGGGUGGAGAAAGGAGUCCGGCAAACUCUAAAGAUGCUUGAGGACGACUUACUUCAAUCCAAAAUAGAACAAGUAACCCCAGAGGGGAACAAGAAAUGAAUGUCCUUUAGGUUUGAAAAGGAUGUAUCCUGAUGGGAAAGGGUGUACGGGUGUGAGGUGCUCCACAUGUGGCUGUGUUCUGAACAUUCAGCUGAAUAAUUUUUUUGUUCAUUUGAAGUUGUUUUUUAACGAUUACUUUUUUGUUUUAUUUCACAGCAUGCAUUAAAAAUGGAAAUUAAUUUCCUUGCACACACAUCCACACUCCGAUAAACAGUAGCUUGCCAAAGGAUAAUUUGCAGACUGGCAUGCAGACUGGAGCAGCCAGGAUUCAAACCACCAACCUUCCAGUUAGUAGAUGAGCUGCUCUACUUCCUGAGCCACAGCCACUCAUUAAAGUAUAAGACUUGAAGACAUAAGUUCUGAUGAUACAGAUCCUAAAUCUUUUCAAGAUCUUUCAGAGGUGAUGUUACUUGCUACAUCACCAUAUUUUGAUUAAUAAAUAAUAAAGAAUUUAUUUGUGAACACAUUUAAAUAUUAAACAAAAGAUCAUUAGCAUAAGCUGCAUUUCCAUAAGUAACUACUCAGCGCAAGUCGACUCGACUUGGCACGACUUGCCACAGUUGUGUUGUGUUUCCAUUGCAAUUGAGGACCACCACAGUGUGGGUGGAGUCCAUAUAGCAGAGCGGGCAGUAGUGUCUUGAUAUGCAGCUCAAAACACAACACAACCAUGGAUGAGAUAGAGGCAAGCUAACAUAGCUAAUGCCAGUUUAAUAUCAUCAUCAUUCAUAAGACCUCGUACAAUGUUUUAAUAGAUGAAGGUUAUCAUUGGUUAUCUAGUAUUCUAGAGUCAAAUAUGAGGCAAUCUGCCCAACGGCUAACACUUGCUAGUGAGUGAGUCAGUAUGUGUGUCUGUGAGCCUUUAAGUGACUCCGAACGUGACUGGUCUGAGUAUUUCAGAAACUUCUGAUCUGCACAACCAUCUUUAGCAUUUACAGAGAACUGUGUGAAAAAGAGGAAACAUCCAGAGAGCAGCAGUUCUCCGGGCAAAAACAUCUUGCUCAUGUCAGAGAUCAGAUGAGGAUGGGCCAACUGCUUGAGUCAACAGCAACUCAAAUAUUUUGUUGGCAUAUUUUGGGUCUCUUAGUACCAACUGAACAUGGUUUAAACAAUAUAGUUGCUGACCAUGUCCAUCCUUUUAUGAACAUGGUGUACCCAUCUUCUGAUGACAAAAGAGGGUCCAGCCCAGUACUAACAAGGUGUGUAUGUGUAUAUAUAUGUAAGUGAUGCUAAAACUAUGAUCGAAAUUAAAGGGUAUAUGACUAUGUGACCAUGGUAAGUGUGAUAGAAGUAGAAAAUGAUUAAGAACUUGUUUUCAUGACAAGUGUCCCUAAUAAUAUGCACGAGGACUCUAGGACAGCAUUUAGUCUGUGCUGAUGUGGCUGAUUCUCUCUUUACUCUGAUUCACAAGCUUCACUAGAUGAGAGGACUGCAGCUGGUGGAGACCAAAACACAAAGCUAAAUCAUUUGUGAAUAUUUCAUAUUUUUUAUCAUGUGGGGUGAAACAAGUCACCAAUAAAUUUUAAUUUAUUUAUAAAUGUUAAUUUUGCCCUGAUUUGGCCAAGGAGACAUGGUGAAUCAAACUUUAUGAUUACCAGUGGAUUAAAUAAAUAUGUAAAGACAGAAGCUCACAGCCUUAUUGGAAAAAGGGACAAAAGCUGAAAACGUCCAAAAGUAUAUUUCCAACUAGAUAAUACUAAUUUAUA